AUGCUUCAACAAAAACGACAUCGUCCUGGCGAAUCGGCCCCGCUUUCUUACCGGACAGUAUGUUUCUUACAACUGCACCAUCAUAGACUUCGCUCCAUAUGGCGACCACUGGCGCAACCUCCGUCGCAUUACGGUAGUCGAGAUGCUCUCGAGCCACCGUCUAAACGCAUUCUUGGAAAUGCGAAGAGACGCGAGAUGAAGCGCCUGGUGCAAAAGCUUGCUCGAGACUCACAUAAAGAGUUCACCAAAGUGGAGAUGAAAUCAAGAUUCUCCGAGAUAAGCUUCAACGCUCUCAUGAAAAUGAUUUUGGGGAAAAGGUAUUGGACAGACGACAAUGAGGUUGGGGAUGUGGAAGAGGGAAGAAAAUUUCAAGGGAUUAUGCAUGAGUUUGUGCCAAUAGCAGGGGCAAAUAACGCUGCAGACUACUUGCCCAUAUUGAGGUGGUUUGAUUAUGAUCACUUGGAAAGCAGGCUCAAGAGUAUGGCCAAGGGAAUAGACGGGUCCCUGCAAGGGCUCAUUGAUGAGCAUCGAAAUGCAAAGCACAAAGCAAACUCUAUGAUCGAUCAUCUUCUGAGUCUCCAAGAAUCACAACCUGAGUACCAUAGAGAUCAGAUUAUUGAGGGCCUCAUAUGGGUUAUGCUUCUGGCUGGAACGGAUACAUCAACUGUGACUUUAGAAUGGACAAUGUCUUCUCUAUUAAACAAUCCUGAGUGA